GCACAGUCUUCUUCAAAACUCCGACGAGUAUUGUUUUUCAAGAGCACCAGUCCAGGUCAACAAUUAAAAAUAUGAAUCUUUUUAUUGUUCUGGUGGUGGUAUCUGUGUUCUUAAACUUUAUUCAAGCAGCGCCGAGCGUGGAUAUUUCUAACGACGAAUUGAUGGAUGGAAAAUAUCUAUGUGAAGAUCUUUCAGCGUUAAAACAAUUUUUUAACGGCAACAGCGAAAAUUUAAGAACACCAGGAUUUUUAAGCGACGAUAUAACCACAUCGCAAUUAUUCAACGAGUUGUACAAACUUUAUUUGCGAAAUGUGAAUCCUCCUGCUAAAAACAAAAAUAUCGAAGCCUUUCAGGAUAGGUUAUCGCGAUCAGUUUCUAAACGUGGCUUAGACAGCAUUGGUGGAGGUCAUUUGAUAAAGAGGACUGAAAGUAGACGACUAUUAAGCGACUAAGAAAUCCUAGAGAUAUAAACCACAUCAUUGACUUUGACCAUAUCGAGUACCGAAGACCUGUAAUGAAACUGAAAUGUAAAUAAAAAGCAUGGGAUUUAUUUUAUAUGUACAUAUAAAAUGAUGUAGCUUCUAUUUGUUAAUAAAUUAUUGCAUUAAUAUGA